AUUACUCCAAAGCACAGAGGUCAGUUUUAUUCUUAUUCUGCACUUAUUCAGAAUAAGGUUUUAAUGGCAUGUGUUUAUGUGCAGGCUGGAUUACUGAGCGGGCAACAACCACCACAACCACCAGGCUCAAGGUUCAGUUUGUGCCAGCUGUUAUAGAGAAUUUCAUUCAUCUUAUAUAUGUAUAUAUUGAGAUAAUGCAAAUAAAAUGUCAAUAUCUGUUUGUCUGUCAAUCACAUAUGACUGUCAAACGCAGAAGAUCAAUGUAUCCUGUGAAACGUUCCUCUGAUUAACACAAACCAAUCCUAUGUUUGCAGUUUCUCCCGCAGUGAACGCAGAUGUCUGUGUGCACAAGAUGGUCAUCAGCCAAUCUGCAGAGUCCAAGUGUCACAACGUAUGUGCAGGAUACACGAGGAAGUGGUCCACCCACUACCCUCACUGGUGUUGCACAGUCACAGCGUUGCCUUUCCACUUGUUGCCGCAGCGUCACAGCGUUGACACACUUGAGUCAUGAAGGAGUCCGCGGCUCACUGAGCUGAACAGCAUCUGGACUUUAAACCAAACUGAAGUCUUGUCGGGAGAGCAUCAUGGCUGCACUGGGAUAUGACAACAUCAUCACAGACGACACCGGUCUGAUACAAGGGAUGGAGAACGCGAAAACACUGAAGCAGUUUCCUCCGUAUGGUUCCAUGAAUGGCAACUCCACAGGUGACACCUGCCCCACGUGUCGAGGAAUCGGGCGAAUUCCCCGAGGCCAUGAAGACCAGCUUGUGGCAGUCAUACCAUGUAAUGAUGUAAGGCUGAAACCCAGGCGCACGAAGCUGCACGUAUGUGUCUCCAUGACUGUGUGUCUUUUCUUUUGCUUCCUGAUCCUCUUCUUCCUCUUCCCCCGGAGAAUCUCACUGACGCCCACGUCUGUGCUGUCAGUCAUGGUCUACUUCACCCCGGAUACGGUCGAUAUGGAGGUCACAAAUCUCAUCAACAUCACCAACGAAAACUUUGUCCCGGUUCAUAUUAAGGAGUUCACUGUUCAGAGUCUGGUUACUGACACAGUUGUGAGUAAGACGACGAUCUCCAAUAUGACCGCCAUCCAGCCCCGCUCAAAGAAAUCGUACACCAUUCACAUGAGCCUGCCCAUUAAGGAUAAAGGCCUGAACAACUACUGCAGGUCGAGCUCCAUCAAGAUUCACAUGCUGUUUGUGGAGUUGCAAAUGACAUUGACAAUUUCCUACCUCUCCCACACGGAGCAGCUUUCUCUGAACACCUUUGAGUACAUCGACUGUGGCGCUAAUUCAACAAUCCCUCACUCUAUGAGACGAUGAAUUAAAAUAGUCAUGAAUAUUCCAACUAUCUUUUAUAUUCUUUGUACAGGAUAUGAAUGUGUGAAGGAUAACAUCAGUGAAACUCUAGUAUUAUUAUUAUUAUGUGUGUGUUGUUUCAGCAUAGCUACUGAAUCAAAAUGAAAAUGGCCUGUGAAUCUAUAUCACCUACACAAUAGUCUCGUGACAACGAGCACAAUUCAUGUAAAAACUGUUUAUUUUCAUGUAUAAUUGUAUGCACUUUUUGUAAAAUUGAAUGCAUUUCAGAACUCCUCUGGAAAGUUCACACAUUCUGUAAUACGGAUGUUGAACUCUGACCACCUUGUCUUUUGCCAGUUGCACUUUAUUAAACUGUGACAUUUA